CGUAGAGUAUGUUUGUAACACCCGAUUGGUGGAUGAAGUGAGGCGCUGUGACCUGGACGCCUCUCAAUGAGAUCACACUCGGCUACGAGGAUUUUGGGGACAGCGCGGUAUGUCACUCUGUAGCCGGAGAGGAGGGAGGAGAUAUUUAUGCUGUUGUUUUACAGGCGGCGGGAAGCUGGGAAGAGUGAACGGAGGGUCGGUGUCUACAGCACAGGUCUUGUGAUAGCCAUGUCUAUUGAACCAAUGUGCUAUGAAACCCAGUUUUUUGGGUUUACACCUCAAACUUGCAUUCUCCGGCUGUACAUUUCAUUUCAAGACUACUUAUUUGACAUGUUGCUGGUUGUGGAAAGUGUAAUCCUGAAGAAAAUAGAAAAAUUUACCGACUGCGGGAUUAGUCGACUAGAAGUUCGAGACGGUACUCAGAAGUAUUUAACUUUUGUGAAUGAACGCUUUAACCAGUUGUUUGAGAAAAUGGAGUUGUGUCUAUUGAAAAUGGUAUUGAAUGUACCCAGAAAUGUUCUACUGCAGGAAGACAAGGUCCAUGCAGAAUGCUCAUACAGCAAAGAAAAGUUUGACACACUGCAAAGUGAAACAAAGUCCCUAAAUGCACAGUGCAAAGCAGAAUCACUUGCAACUCGGGCUCUGUUAGCUGAACUGAAGGAACAAAAAGUCAUUCAAGCAGAGCUGGCAAAGAUACUUGCCUGGUUUGAUGGUAUGGACAAAAUCUGCAGAGAACAUGGAAACACAGACCUGUUGGAGAGCUUUGCAUUUAUGAUCCAGAAAUCAAAGAUGCUUCAGGGCACAGUAAAGGAAAUAGACGUAAAACAUAAGAAACUGAAACUAGAUAUAACAUCCAAGAAGGUUAUCUGAUCAGUUCUGUAGUGUAAAAUACAUGGGCUCAAUGUAUCAAACUUUUUUGUUUUGCUUUACCUGUUAACAUUUGUUUUGUCAAAUCCUUCACUGACUCAUCUAUAAUGCUACGCGAUAAAAGGCUAAGUGCUGGUAAUGUAACACCAUCAAGUCAGUAUAUACUCUAUACACACACUGCUGCCCUUUUGCAAGACACAUACUGCCAUACAGUAGUGUGUUUUUUUUUUUUUUUUUGUAAAAUAGUCUUCCCUCUAAAAAUUAGGUUGGCUGUUGUGAUAUAUAUUUUUUUGUACUGGAGGGGAACUGCCAUCAGACACUUCGCCCUAAGCAUGACACUCUUUAAGAGUGCAGCGUUUUUCUGUAAUUUAUGAUGCCUGAAGUUUGGGCAGCACGAAUUUCCUGACAGUCUUCUUUAAAUGAUAAUAUUGUAGCAGAGAAGAACGUCUCUGCCACUCUAAGGUCUUUAAAUGGACCAGGACAACAUGUACAAAGGAGUAUUCUAUGCCUGUGAGGUUUUUUUCCCCUCACGUUAGACACAAUUGCCAAGUCUGUCUUAGACAAAAACUGUCUGCUUUAGCCCAUGGCAACUAAUUACAGCCAAUGCGAUAUUUAGAGGAAUGAAUUGGCUGCCUGGCCAUUAUUACUACUUUCCUAGCCCAGAAGAAAUAUGAUUAAUCCUUUGUAAGAUCCUGUCAAUGCUUCAUCUACAAUGCAUGGGAGACACACUUGAGUAGAAAAGACUGUAGGAAACUUCAGGUCAGAAUGUAACUCCUGUAAUAUCAACCCAUGGGGGUGUCCUCUUAGCGCACGUUACAUGAAUCCUAGGGGCCAUACCACAUUGGAAAAGGGUAUCAAUCAAAGGCCCCAAUUUUCUUCAGUCUAAACUAGGUUAGGGAAAUCUAUAUUAAAUCAAGGUGUUCUGGGAACUAACCACAGUUGGGUGCCCAAUAGCUCAUUUAAGUAGCUGCAGGACUACAUGCUUCUAUGGGCCACUUGUAACAAUACCAUACAAAAUCUAGGAAUAAAAGGAACAAGGCUAGCCAAAACCCCAGGCUUUGACUGACAAAACAUGGACAAUCAAAGUCUCUGGAUCAUUCAUACAGACAAGUAAGAACAAUCAAGACAAACAUGCCAGACCAAAUGCAGCAAACGCAAUAUUUUUAAAAAAAAAUUCUAGCCACGGUCAGAAAAAACAAAAACAGCCUGGUAUAUCAGACGUUUAGCAGAUGUUAGUCUGUCAGCCAUACCAAAUAAUUUACAGAUGGGUGGGUGAAAUCUGUCUUUUUGGCUAACCAGUCUUAGAUUUAUGGCCAGCAUUACGUAUACUUUUUAUCGUAUAAAAUUCAAGGAGAAGACAGACUGGAAAACUGCGGGUGAGAAAAAAAAUGGUAGAUCGUUUUAAAGAUAUUUAUCCUACCUAGCAAUGACAGUGAUUGACUGUGCUUUGUUUAAAUGGAAUCUGGUAGCUCUAAUGUAUUUGCUGUGAAGAGCUGCAGAAACAGUUGGAUAGCUGUUAGGGUCUAUUCACAUGAGCGGAAUUUCUGCUUGCGAAAUUCCGCCUCAUAUGAAAGCCCAAUAGACUUCUAUGGGAUUCGACACUUCUGAAUUUCUGUACCAAUUCCACACAAGCAAGAAACUAGCCGUGGAAGUGGAAUUGGUGCGGAAAUUCUGCCCAUGUGAAUAGACCCUUAUGCUAUAAAGCAAACUUUACUUUGUCUGAGAACCAAAAAGGCAAUUUUAUAAGCUUGACAACCAUCAGCAGCUCCAGGAAAGGCUAACCAAUAUUUGCAGCUCUUAUCAACAAAUGCAGAUAACAGUCAGUGGCGGAUCGGGGGGCAAAGGGGCAGACACUUCCCUGUGCAAAUAUAGCCUGAUAGUGCCCCUCCUGAGAUUAUAGGAUGAGGGAAUGUAGAAAAGGCCUUGGCAACAGGCACUCAGAUGUCCAAUAGAAACAGCACGAUCAGGUCACUGAGAUUAAAUAAACAGCAACUUUCUUGAUG